AUGUUAAGACUGCUAGGGAGGAACGUAUCAACAAGCAGCCGACAUUGUUCUUAUUUGCUGGGCGGACUACAGAAGCAAUUGCCUUUAUUUUCACCACCACUUCUGAGAGCACGAUAUUUAUCCUCUACUAACUCAACUACAAAACCUAACAAACCAGCUAAAAUAGAUGCGCCAGGAUUCAAGAAAAUUUUUCUUGUUGCCAUUAUUGGCACAGUGAUAUUUGUCAAGACAGUGAAAUCCUUGGACAAAAAUAAACCGAAGACAACGUUGUCUGAGGAAGAAUUUGAGAAUGUUGUUAAAGGGUUGAAGAGGCGUGUGGCAAUCUUCCCGCAAGGUAAAGUUGAUAUACGGUUUUCUUUGUUAUCCAGUAUUAAUGAGACUGAGGAUGUCUUGCGAAAAUCACAAGAUGACGAUUUAAGUAAACUACAGUUUGUCGAUCCAGCCAACGUCAUUGAUUACUAUAGAGCGUUAAAAAACGAUCGAUAUGAAGCUCUAUUGAAUGAAUACUACGAUAAAUACGGGCAUGAUACAUACAUUGAUAAGUUACCAACCGGUAUGUUGGUCAUGCUUUUGGGCAGAUAUAUGAAGGAUAAUUACAAGGCAGGUGACAGGCUAAUAGUUGUCAACUUUCCACAUUCGAUUAGCGAUGCAACAAAAUUUGAAAACGAAGUUUCUAUAGUUUCUAAAAUCUUGGUCCCAAGAAAACUCAAAGGCUCUGACAUCUGUAAAUAUUAUGAAACUGUAGGUAAGGCCGACAUCAUCUGA